CAGAAGUAAAGAGAAAACCGUUACCAUAGCAUCUACGAGACGAAACGAGCCCGUUUAGCUAACUACGUAAAAAACGUCUCUACCAAUACAUAGAAGUGACAUCGAUAUCUAAGGACUCUACUCUUCAGCACAUCACCACUUUAUCUUCGGACCUCGGUGUAGUCAGUACUGCCAUCUCUAUUCAUCCGUUACUUUGAAGCCUCCACAACUCAGAAUGACACAGCAACACAUCAGCCUCCCAGCUAAGCUGAUCAACGGGGGUAUAGCAGGCAUCGUGGGAGUCACAUGUGUGUUUCCCAUCGACCUGGCUAAGACCAGGUUACAGAACCAGAGACAAGAGCACCAGCUCUACAGGAACAUGAUGGAUUGCCUUGUGAAAACUGUUAGAUCGGAGGGAUACUUUGGAAUGUACAGAGGCGCUGCUGUAAACUUGACCUUAGUCACCCCUGAGAAGGCUAUCAAACUGGCGGCCAACGAUUUCUUCCGCCACCACCUGGCCAAAGAUGGGAAGGGCUUGACGGUAAUGAGGGAGAUGUUGGCAGGGUGUGGCGCGGGCAUGUGCCAGGUGAUCAUCACCACCCCUAUGGAGAUGCUGAAGAUCCAACUGCAGGAUGCGGGCAGGCUAGCGGCCCAGCAGAGGAAGCCGGCGGCCAUGAUGGCGUCCAGCAUGCUGGCGUCUCCAAGCGCGGUGCUGAGUCGAUCCUACAACGUUGGCCCCGCCCCCGUCCGGGCCGCCACGGCAACCCAGAUUGCCAGGGAGCUGUUCCAAACCCAGGGCAUCCGGGGGCUCUACCGAGGCCUGGGGGCCACGCUCAUGAGAGAUGUGCCGUUCUCCAUGAUCUACUUCCCCAUGUUUGCCAACCUGAACCGCAUGGGCCAGCCCAGCCCCGGCCAGCAGGCUCCCUUCUACUGGGCCUUCCUGUCGGGCUGCCUGGCCGGCAGCACCGCCGCCGUGGCCGUCAACCCCUGUGACGUGGUCAAGACGAGACUGCAGUCCCUGACGAAAGGAGCCAAUGAGGAGAGCUACAAUGGAGUAGUGGACUGCAUCAGUAAAAUCAUGAGGAAGGAGGGUCCAGCUGCCUUCCUGAAGGGCGCGGCCUGCAGAGCCCUAGUCAUCGCGCCCCUCUUCGGCAUCGCCCAGGUCAUGUACUUUGUGGGCAUUGGAGAAUACAUCCUCGACAACGCAUCCAUCAACUUCCUGUUUUCGUGAGCCAACGCCCCCCCCCC